GUAUAAUCAAUACUAUCAUGUUCCGGACCAAAAAGCGGACUCGAGAAAUUGCGUGUCAUCUGAUAACAUCAUGAAAACUGAAAGACAUAUUUGUACGCCAGGUACCAACGAUGUACCUAUGGGAGAAUCGAUCGAGGAGAUUGCCGAAUCUGUAGAUGAGUUACGAGAAAAGCUCGCCAGUAUGAAGAAACUUAUGAUAGAGCGAAAGGGCACUACACUGGGAGAGAUUAGUGCUCGGAAAAGGAAAGAAGCUUCUAACAUGAUAGAUGGCAAUCUUUUGUCCUGGAUUUUUGGAUUGGCUCUUAUAGGAAUCUUGAUUGUUAGCUCCUAUGCUUUUUAUAAUCUGUAUCACGCGGUAUUAAAGAGAAUAUCAUCUCAUCAUACGGAACUAUAAGGAGAAGGCGUAAAAUAAAAAGGAACGAAAUCCAAAAUUUUUGCAAAUUCUUGACAAUAUAUUACAAAAAAUCGGCCUUGUUAUUAAUUUGCCCAUCAGACAUUUCAACGUGAAAAAUGUUGCCUCAUGUUCUUUUCGAUACAAAUUUUUUAAUUUUUUUUUAGAAAAAGGAUUAAUGUCAAAGAAAACUGUUAAUUUGCUCAAAAAGGUAUUAUAAAGUGGUUAUACCCCAACAAUGCGAGUCAACGACAGACUCAAACAUAACUCUAAAUUUAAAUCAAUGUAUAUUGAAAGAAAAUCUACGUAUCACGUAUAGUACAUAAGAAAAAUUAGAUCGUGGCAACGUCGCAUUUUUACGAAUAGACAAAUACGAGUGACAGUACCGCAGUUCCGAGGAACCAGGAACCACUCGACUGCAGCGGACGCGUUUCGGAUCGGGUGCUUUCAAUUUAAUAUUUUUGAAAGUGUUGCCGACUUUGACCGAGGAAUUGAAUCCACAAGGGCCUGGUGCGUGUCCGCGAAUUGUGCUCGUCUCGUUCGUUAUUUCGGCGCGACGACGUUGUAGAUCAAGCGCCCGGGGUCUGUUCGAGCAAUGUCAUUUUCGCGGGCAUUGCAUCAUCCCUUUGACCUUGUACUCAUUUUUGAUAUUGUAACCCCUUAUAAUGUGAUCCUGGCCGUAUUGCCUCCGCAUACUUUAGAAGGAGACAAGAGCCAAUCAAGAAGAAGAAGAAGACACAAUAAGCACCGAAGCAUCGCUGUCAAAAUAUUUAUAUAAAAGACAAAAAUGUCCGCACAAUCACGAUAUAAAAGAAAAUAUAUAUAUUAAAAAUAAAAUUUUAGCAAGGAAAAAAAAAUGCAAAGUGGAUCUUGCGAAAAGAAACGACAAGAAUGGCAUAAUCUUACUCUUGAUGAGAAACCAAAUCUAUAAUGUGAUGGCAAUCGCUUUGUCA